AGUAUUUUCCUCAAUAUUGUCAUCAUCAUCACUCUUAAGCAACAAGUUACAACUCAUCUGAUUUGAAAUUCACUUCCAGGGGCACAAUCGACAUUUCCAAAAAAGCAUGCACCAAAAUCCACCGUACAGUUCAUGUCACUACCACAACAACCAGUACAACUCCGCAGCACAACAACCCACAUUCUCAGCCUCGUUGCAUGUACGUGCCUGCCCACCAACACAGCAGAAACAGAACACGCCAUUUCUCUCUCUAACUUACUCUCUCUCUCCUCUUCAUUUUUUACUUCCGACUUUUUCAUCACAAAAUCAUAACCUUACCUCUAGUUUAGUGUUAAAAAAAAAUGGAAGGAGAAAGUAACAACAACAACAAAGAGAACAGUUCAGAGACAUUAUCAUAUGAAAAUGAAGAAGAAACAAGCAACCAUGAUGUCUCUGAGGAUCAUCAACUUCAAAAUCAACAAUUUGGAAAAAUUGAGGCCCAGUGGAAUUGUUUGCCAAAACUACCUUAUAGUAACUAUGUUGAAUAUCUCUCUGAAUCUUCAACUUAUCUUCCAACAUCCGAGUAUAAUUUGGUUGGGAACAAUUAUCAAACACUUGGUGGCACAAACAGCUUCAAUGAUCAAGGAAACGCUUUUGGUUUUAAACCGAUUGGUUCUUCAAGUAAUGACUAUGGUACUAGGAAGCAUGUUGGGUUUUGGAGAAACAAUGGAGAAGAAGAAGAAGCGAUUAAAGCUAAAACUGAAACUACUCAAAACCUUCUCAAUGCUGAGUGUGAUGCAACAUGGCCAAGUGCUUCAGUCGGAGAUAAACAUAAUGCUCUUUCUAUAAUUCCAAAUUCAGGAAGCAGCUUCACAAAACAGAAAAGUGAGAAAACACGUUGCACUGACCGUCAACGCAGGCAACGUAUCGCUGAUAACCUCAAAGCUUUACAUGAAUUGCUUCCAAGUCCAGAAGUGGGUAGUCAAGCUCAAGCUUAUAUACUGGACGACAUCAUCGACUAUGUUAAAUACUUGCAGAAUCAACUAAAGGAACUAAGUGGAAGCAAAUUGGAAAGUGACUCAAAUGCUAUACCACUAGUUUUUCAUGAGGGUUAUGGGCAUUAUAUAAAGGAUCAAAUGCUGAAUGAGCCUCUCGAAGAGAUAGCGGGGAAACUAGUUGAAGAACAUUCAGCAGCAACAAGUCAGCUACUUGAAAGCAAAGGUCUUAUUCUACUGCCUAUUGCUUUGGUUGAAGAUUUGAACCAAGAUAGCUAGUUAACUAUUUAGGGUGAUAUCUGUUUACUUUGUUUGGUUGGAUCAUUAUGGUAUGAGAACCAAAUUAAUAUAGUUUAGGCCAUAUGUUGUUUUUCUAACUAUAACUCACCUAUUGAAAGUCUCUUGUACUAGGAGGUAGGAGGUAGUGUGUAAUGCUGUUUCUGUUUCUGUGUUAAGUUUCUGUUUGUGUAUCAUGCUAAAUCUAAAAUAUUGCUCCAAAGUUUAGUUCUUUUCUCUUUCAAAAUUU